UACAAGGCUGGUAUAUUAUAAUUUUACCCCUAUUUGUUCCAGAAGCGGCAACAAUGACUUGAGCAAUGAAACAGCGCCAUCUACUGGUCAGGUGAGAUGCUACGAUGCCUCGUUUGAAGUACGCUUCAGUGGUGCGCGGAGUGGUCAUCCUCGCUCUUUUUUGUCUGUGGCUCCAGAUAAUAUUGUCUGCGGGUAGCGGGAAUGGGGGUACAGGAUAUCGGGAUGGAGGUUUCGAAUUUACCCAUGAUCCUAUAGAGUUGAAAGGACUUCUCAUUAAAAAACAUACUACUGUUUAUAAAGAUACUAAUUCAAUAAAGGAACAAUUGGUUACAUUACCACCAUUCACACCUGUGACAGGUUACAUUUCCUCUGAAGUGUCAAGUACAAAUUUCUUUGGCAUCCAAGGAUGUGGUAUCGGCGUAUUCUACAUACUCGGAUUCAAUAUGACGUUUAUAUACGACUCAUGCCUCGGAUAUUCGUUGGAAGAGCUGAUGAAUGCCAACGACACCUCGGAGCAUGUCCUGGCGCUGGUGCCGCCGGAACUCCACAAAUAUUUGACUGUACACCCCAAGAAUUUUAGCG